AUGACGGACCAAGAGAACUGCAGGAGAGUCACGCGCUUAGGGAAGAAGAGGGCAGCAGAGGCAAUGGCAUUGGGUGAGUCUCAACAAGUACAACAGUCUGCUAACAAGAAGAGAGUGGUGUUGGGAGAGCUUCAGAAAUUGUCGAAUAUAGUAGCGAAUCGGAAUCCGAAUCAAAACUUGGGUUCUGAGCUUCGGAAACCAAUAUGUAGGUCAAAAAAGAAGUUCAAAAAGGCAGUGACAGCAGCGACGGUGACGAAAAAGAAUGCUGAAGAUAUCGAUGCCAAAUCAGAUGAUCCCCAAAUGUGUGGAUCCUAUGUUUCUGAGAUAUACGAGUAUCUUCGCAGCAUGGAGAUGGAAGCAAAGAGAAGACCAUUGCCGGAUUACAUCGAGAAGGUUCAGAAAGAUGUGAGUGCUAACAUGAGAGGGGUUUUGGUGGAUUGGUUGGUUGAGGUGGCAGCGGAAUACAAGCUUCUAUCAGACACACUGUACCUCACGGUUUCUUAUAUUGAUCGAUUCUUAUCGAUGAAUGUUCUUAAUAGGCAAAGGCUUCAGCUUUUGGGUGUCACUUCAAUGCUCAUUGCCUCGAAGUAUGAAGAAAUCAACCCUCCCCAUGUGGAAGAUUUUUGUUACAUCACUGAUAAUACGUACAGUAAAGAAGAGGUGGUGAAGAUGGAAGCUGACGUACUCAAAUCUCUAAAGUUUGAAAUGGGAAAUCCUACAAUUAAGACAUUUCUCAGAAGAUUCACCACGGUUGGUCAAGAAGAUUAUAAUACUUCUAAUUUGCAACUUGAGUUCUUGGGAUACUACCUAGCAGAGUUGAGUUUAUUAGAUUAUUGCUGUAUAAGAUUCUUACCUUCGUUGGUGGCUGCAUCUGUUAUAUUCCUUUCAAGGUUCACACUCCGACCUAAGUUGCAUCCUUGGAGUUCAGCACUGCAACAAUAUUCAGGGUAUAAACCAGUUGAUUUAAAGGACUGUGUCUGUCUUAUACAUGAAUUGCAAUUGAGUAAAAGAGGAAGCUCUUUGGUGGCAGUGAGAGAAAAAUACAAGCAGCAUAAGUUCAAAUGCGUGUCAACAUUAUCUUCCCUGCCAGAGAUACCACAAUCAUUUUUUGAAGAUGCUAAAGAAUAACACUACGCGUAAUAGUUUAUGAUUUGCAAUUUUUGAGGAAUCAGUGAAGAUUCUCCGUGUGGGUAAAGCUUGGAAGCAAGAUGCAUAACUGUAUUCUUACACUGGAAAAUUGGCGUGUUCCACUGGCUAGUCCUGUUUGAUGGAGAGAUUUUCUAACUGAUUUGGUUUGCUUGGGCUGUUGGUUUUCUAAACCGAUUUUGUGCUUGGAUGUGCACAUACAGAACAUGCAUGGCGCUGCUACAGGAUUUUGUUACUGAGAUGAGAACGGCAGUUGUUUCAUCUAAAAU